AAGAUAACUGAAAGAGAACUCGGCUAGAAUUAAUCCGAUUUAGAAGGAGGGGUGAGAAUUACAUGUGUUCGCUAAACUAACCAUGCAUAGUAAACUUUACCAUAUAUAUAAACUAAUUGACAACUAUAUCGAUUUGUGAUCACACACGAAUCAUCUCACCUUAGUUCAAUAUUGUAAGCAGUUAAAGAGAACAAAAAAUUAAGAUGCACCGUGCCAUAUUGCUCGUGACACUCUUGGCCCUGAUUAAGACCACGGUUUCGGACCUUAUGAUAGAGCAGUGUAGGGACGUGUUCGAUAGUUUCAUGCCGUGCAUGGGCUUCGUCGAGGGAAUAUUCCAGCAACCUUCUCCGCAAUGCUGUACAGGCGUGACCCACUUGAACAACAUUGUCAAGUUCACUCCUCCAGGAUCGAGGAAGAACAAGCAGGGGAAUGGAGAGAUAGAGAGAGUGUGUAAUUGCAUAGAGAUAAUGGGAAGAGCAGAUCAUCUUCCUUUUCUGCCUCCUGCCAUUAACAAUAUUCCUCUCCUUUGUUCUCUUACUCUCAGCUUUCCCAUCUCCGUUGCAAUGGACUGUUCUCAGUUCAGAAACGCGAAGGUUAUCGACGCUGGAAAAUUAAAUUAGCUUAUAAGUAUAUAUAAAUAUUGGAAAGGGAAGAGUUGUAAUAUGUAUGAAUAUAUGUAUUUUAAAGGGAAGACUUUGUAAU